AACUUCCUUCCAGGGGAAGGAUACUCAAACUAGUUUAGUAAUAAAAUUACUUUUUUUUUUUUUUAAUAUUUUGGCUAUAUAUUCUCCAUACUUGAAUUUCAUAGGAAUUUGUAUCUUGACUUGCGUAAAGCUUCAGAAGCCAGAAUUUCUAGCUCUCUUACCACGAAUAAAAAAUUAAUCACUCCGACUUCAAAGCGGAUUCAAGCCGCAGGAGUGAGCAAGACUGAUAUACAAAGGGUUUCUCAGUUCUGCAGAUUUUAUGGUUUUGUAGUAAACAUCUACUAUAGCUAUUGGAAAUCACUUGUUUUUGUUUUAUUUCACUCGUAAUUGUACAGGUAUAGGAUGGAAGGUAAAAAACUGAACCGUUUUUAUAGUUUUCAACCAUACAAAGUUAAAAAAAAAUUUCCUCCAACAGAGACUGAGGAACAAAUACAGCUACACGUACAAGGUUCAUCUUAUCCAAAAGCAAGAAGUGGACACAGGAUAGUAGCAGAUAACAGUAACAUGUAUUCUUUUGGUGGUUAUAAUCCACAUGUAGAUAGAGAAGAUGAAGACUUAUUAGAUGACCCAUACUGGGCAGAAUCCAGUCCUUUAUUUAAAGAAUUAUGGAAGUUCAACCUAACCAGUAAAGUUUGGACAAAGCUUCAUACUAAAGGGAAAAUGCCCUCACAGCUGGCUUCUCAUGCAGCCACUAUGAUAGGCAACAAACUUUUGGUGUAUGGAGGAACAGGUGUACCAUUUGGUUCAACAAGUAGCAACGACCUUCAUGUGUGUGACUUGUCAACAUUAGAGUGGAGUCAUCUUAAAACAACUGGAACUCCCCCUAAGCCUUUGUAUGGACAAGGGGUAGCCCUCUACAAAGAAGCAUUAUAUGUAGUUGGAGGUACUUCAGGAUAUGAAUACACAAUGGAUGUCCACAAGCUUGAUUUACAUAAAAAGGAAUGGAAGCUACUUCCAGCAAAAACGACACCAGAUAGCAGGCAUGUAUCGUAUACAUUGGUGUACAUGAUUUUAAUACCUGCUUACAGUUUAAAGAAGGAACAAUGGGAACUUUUACAAACUUCUUCAGAUGGCUCAACAGAAAAUGGUUAUCCUAUGCCAAGAAGAUGUCAUGCUUGUGUACAGAGAGGAAAUGAGGUUUACAUCUGUGGAGGGAUCAAUAUAGAUACUAUUCUAUCUGACCUUUGGUGUCUUAGGCUAGACUUGUUGCAAUGGAAGAAAUUACCUACAAAACUAUCAACCCCUGUAUAUUUUCAUUCUGCUGCUCUCUCUCCAAAUGGACAACUUUUGGUGUUUGGUGGUGUCACGAAAAUUACAACUAAGAUUGUGCAUAAUGUCUUGAAUAUCACGGCUUUGAAGAGAACAAAUGAAAUACAUUCAUUAUGGCUAACUAUUCCUUCUCUACUAGAGAUAUGCUGGACAGCCUUAAAUUUUUAUUUUCCACAUCUGAAAUCUUUACCUGUUUGUCAACUUCGUGAAUUAGGAAUUCCAACAAAUUUGAUAAACAGAACUGAACCUGGGACUUAGAAAUUAACUUUUUCCAUUAAAGUGGUUGGAAUGAAAAAUAUGUUUUUUCACUUUGAUAUAACAUGUUUAUUAUUAUUGUUGAAAGCACAUUUCUUUAAAAACAAAUGAAUAACGUGAGAGAUUUGACUAUACUACAUACUCAUUAGUGUUAUGAUACAGUGACAGGAUUGUACGAUGGAAAAAAAUAUAUUUAUACUGGUUUGGAUAAAUUGAAAAGUAGUUUAGAUAAAAGCCCAGAGAUACAACUUUUGAGUGGAUCAUUUAUUUGUCUAUUGUUUAACUUUAUUACAAUGUUUCAACCAAUUACGUGACCAUCAUCAGGUAACUUUCAUCUAUUGUAUGAAAUGUUGCUUGCACAAUAGAUGACAGUUACCUGAUGAUGGCCAUACGAAUGGUUGAAACAUUGUAAUAAAGUUAAAAACAAAAAAGAAAGAAAAAAACAAUCCCCUCAGAAGCUGUAACUGGACUUUUAUUUAAAGUAUACAGUGGAUUUCUUCUCCACACAACAAGAAGAGUAGUUGUUGAAGCAAGAACAACUCCUCAAGUGUUUUAUAUGUACAAUUCAUAACUUGUUUAUUUAAUUGAGUUACUGUCAUAGAUCUUUUAUGAAGCAACAUUUCCAAAAUAGACUUUGUUCCUCCCACACUACAACUGUUAGUAGUUGUUGAAACAAGAACAGCACCAUCUUUAUGUUGUUGGAUAAAUUGAAAAUUUAUGUUGUGUUUUAAUGAAUAUAAGAAAGAUCUGGAAUUAAUACAUAUUUUUGUUUUAUGUGUACAAUUCAAGACAUUAUUUCUUCACAUUACUAUUAUAUUUCUUUUAUGAAACAACAUUUCCAAAACACUUACCUCCUUUCACUCUACAGCUAUUAAUCGAUUGCCAGGGUUUCUUCCUUUGACCAUCUAAGCAUUGUUUUGAUUCUUUUGUCGCUUGUUCCAGUCUUUUAUACCCCCACUUAGUUGCCCUUGGCAAUAUUUGUCUCGUGACACUCUCCACCUACGUCAAUGCACCUUCUAUCCUGGUACUGAAUAAAAGCACCUCAUACAGAUAAUGUUAUCACUUUUUCUCGACAGAUCAUUCACUAGUGGGUUUCUCGGUACUAUGAUUGUUGGAGAUACAGAGGCAAAUCAGAUCUUUCCUAUCCCACCUCUGAUAUCUAGUGUCGCACAACAAUCGGGGUGGUAGACAGAGGGUUUUCCUUCAGAGUGUUGGAGUGAAUUUCCUCCACUCUUGGACUUUUAUUUAAAGUAUACAGUGGAUUUCUUCUCCACACAACAAGAAGAGUAGUUGUUGAAGCAAGAACAACUCCUCAAGUGUUUUAAUGAAUAUAUAAGAAAGAUCUGUAGUUAAUACAUAUUUUUGUUUUAUGUGUACAAUUCAGAACUUGUUUAUUUAAUUGACUUACUAUCAUAGUUCUUUUAUGAAGCAACAUUUCCAAAAUAGACUUGCUUCCUCUCACUCUACAACUUCUAACAGGGUCCCUGAUGUUUUUCCCAGAUGUCAGUAGGAGAGGCACUAGCCUAUGCAGGAGCCUACUCUUAAUACCAAUUCAGAUUUGAAGUUUAGCUACUAGGGUGGGUUGAGUGUGGCCCUUCUUUUUGAUCAAUAUUGGUUAAGUACAUUGUUCAUAAAAGAGGGUCAAUUGUCUCCUCAUGAUUUUGAAUGCAGAGUAGUCCCAUCCUGGGUUCUUGGUUGAGCACAGUUUGUUCCAUGUCCUCCCCAUAAUCCCAGGGGCAAGUGGAAUUUACCCACGAGGAGUUGGGGAGUGAAGAUGAGUGUUUAUAAUUUCUGACUGGAUGAGUUCUGUUUCCUCAGGUUGAGUAAGUCAUACAAGAUCCCGUCAUUCCGAGUUUGUGGUGUUGCAUUUCGGAUUUCAGGUUUGUCCACUUGGUGUUGCUCACUUUCUUGUCGAUAUUCCAGCGGCUUGGAAUUCAUCACUUUAUGGCUACAGGUGGGGAUCCACUCAUAGGUAUGUAAAAUAUUUCUGUCCAAAUACCCUCACCACCAAUGUGGGAUAUAGGGAUCAUGGUCGUCUAAUUGCAACCCCCAGCAGUGGAACCUCGGCUAUCUGGGUGGGGCCUGGCCAGUAGUGAUGAUAAAUCAUGUAAAAUUCCACUCACAGUACAUGGAUUAAGUUCUGGGCGAACAGCAUACCUGUUGUGAAUGUAGUCCAGUUACCCCACUAGGGUGCCAAUCUUCUAUUGACACACCCAUGAUAUAUGCAGACACUUUCUGUAUGGAUAAUGCCCUCACUGGCCCCUCCCCCUUAUCAAUGUGGGAUUCUAGCUGUAGUGUGAGAAGAGGUAAGUAUGUUUUGUAAGUUAACAUUUUCUUAAAUCGAAAACGUAUUUUCAAUAAUACCUCCAUUCACACUCUCCUACCCUUCCUCCCCACUAAGAGCCAGUGUUAGAGACUGCGGAUUGGAUUCGGGCUAUCUCGAAAAAGUGAUAACUAUCUGAAUGAGUUGAUUUUAUACAGUACCAGGAUAGAGGGCUCAUUGACGUAGGUGGAGAGUCUCACGACACAGAUAUUGUCAAGGGCAAUUAAGUGGGGUGUAAAAGACUGGAGCAAGUGAGAAAAAAUCUGACCAAUUCUUAGAUGGGCAAAGUAAGAAACACUGGCAAUCGAGUAAUAGCUAUAGUGUGAAUAUUAUUGGAAAUACAUUUUCGAUCUGUUGCUUUGUUAUUUGUAUUUUAUACAUGUUAUUUAUUUGAAAAAUCAUAAUUUUCAUUAUAUCAUUGGUAAGUUUUUGCUUUGACCAAUGUUAAUGAUGAGAUAUAGCAGUUUUAAAACAUACAUUAAUGUUACUAAAAAUAGAUAUGAAGCCCAAUCUGUGAUUCUGUUUACCACAUGUGACUGAGUUAUAUCUGUUUUGGUGAAACUCUACUCCCCUGGUCAGUAGCCCUCUAUAAAGGUGAAUGAUAAUAGUAAAUAAAUAAAAAAAGACUAGACUUCC